GAAGAAUCUUAAAUCGUUUCUCCAAAGAUAUUGGCCACCUGGAUGACUUACUUCCGUUGACAUUUUUGGACUUCGUGCAGACUCUCCUACAGAUUUUUGGUGUGGUGGCUGUGGCUGUGGCUGUGAUUCCUUGGAUACUCAUCCCCUUAAUUCCACUAUUUAUUCUUUUCAUUUUUCUUCGACGAUAUUUCUUAGACACUUCAAGAGAUAUUAAACGUCUAGAAUCCACAACUCGAAGUCCAGUGUUCUCCCACUUGUCGUCAUCCCUCCAGGGACUUUGGACUAUUCGGGCUUUGAAAGCAGAGGAAAGAUUUCAAAAAUUAUUUGAUGCACACCAAGACCUCCACUCAGAGGCCUGGUUUCUAUUUUUGACGACCUCGAGGUGGUUUGCUGUGCGUCUGGAUGCCAUCUGUGCCAUUUUUGUUAUAGUGGUUGCUUUUGGUUCCCUGCUUCUCGCCAAGACUUUGAAUGCGGGGCAGGUUGGUUUGGCACUCUCCUAUGCAAUCACCCUCAUGGGAACAUUCCAGUGGGGUGUUAGACAAAGUGCUGAAGUUGAAAACCUGAUGAUAUCAGUAGAAAGAGUAAUGGAAUACACAGAACUUGAAAAAGAAGCUUCUUGGGAGACCAACAAGCAUCCACCACCUGAAUGGCCAAGCCAAGGAAUGAUAGCAUUUGAAAAUGUUAACUUCACUUACAGUGUAGAUGGACCUUUGGUGUUAAGACACUUGUCUGUUUUAAUUAAACCAAAAGAGAAGGUUGGAAUAGUGGGAAGAACUGGAGCUGGGAAAAGCUCUCUGAUAGCAGCCCUCUUUCGCUUGGCGGAACCUGAAGGAAGGAUUUGGAUUGAUAAGUACUUGACGUCAGAGCUAGGACUCCAUGACUUGCGGAAGAAAAUUUCAAUUAUACCUCAGGAGCCUGUUUUAUUCACUGGAACUAUGAGGAAAAACUUAGAUCCUUUCAAUGAAUACACCGAUGAAGAGCUGUGGAAUGCCUUGGAAGAGGUGCAACUGAAGGAGGUUGUGGAAGAUCUACCUAAUAAAAUGGAGACGCAGCUGGCAGAAUCUGGGUCUAAUUUUAGUGUUGGUCAGAGACA